GGUCAGGAAACAGCGUGCAUGUGUCUUUCGUCUCAACAUGGCGAGCGGCAAGGGUAUCGCUGCUAUUCUCCGACCCCGGGGAAUUCGCAUUAUCAGUGCUAGUAAAGCCGGAAGACUGCAGUCCGGAGUUCUAUCAAGAAGCAACGACUGUCGACGGCAAUUUGCCACUGUUGCACUUGGUGUCGAUGCCUGGGCCCGGAGUGGUAGUGAAAAAUAUUCAGAUAAAUUCUUCACAAGAAAUUUCCACGUGUCGUCACACCUCGCAGCUGCUCGAAAAGACUACUACGAGAUCCUGGGUGUCUCGAAGAACAGUUCAGCCAAGGACAUAAAGAAAGCCUACUACCAAUUAGCAAAGAAGCAUCAUCCAGACACGAACAAGAAUGACCCGAAUGCUAGUAAGAAGUUUCAAGAGGUGUCAGAGGCCUACGAGGUCCUCAGCGAUGACGCCAAGAGGAAGGAGUACGACACCUGGGGGGCAACUUCGGAGCAAAUGGGAAUGGGCGGAAAUUCUGGACAAGGAUUCCCCGGGGGUGGGGACGAGGCUUAUGGGCAUAAUUGGAACUUCAGGACUAGUGUCAAUCCUGAGGAGUUGUUCAGGAAAAUCUUUGGGGAGGAGGGAUUCAGGGCGCACUUCAAUGAACAGGAGGAUUUUGCUGACUCUAAAUAUGGAUUUGGCACUGCUCAAGAGGUGAUAAUGAAUCUGACAUUUUCUCAAGCUGCUAGAGGAGUCAACAAGGAAAUUAGCCUCAAUGUUGUCGACACGUGCCCUAAAUGUAACGGUUCAAGGUGUGAGCUUGGCACCAAAGCUCUGAGGUGUCACGUUUGCCAUGGCACUGGAAUGGAGACUAUUAGCACUGGGCCAUUUGUCAUGAGAUCAACCUGCAGGGCUUGCCAUGGGACGAGGAUGUAUAUCAAGUAUCCAUGUAUGGAGUGCGAGGGUAAAGGGCAGAAUGUCCAGCGAAAAAAAGUGAUAGUUCCAGUACCAGCAGGCGUCGAAGAUGGUCAGACAAUUCGCAUGGCAGUGGGUAAUAAAGAGGUCUUCGUAACAUUCCGAGUAGAGAAAUCGCGUUAUUUCAAGAGAGACGGAGCCGAUGUCCACACAGACGCCGACAUUUCCCUUGCCCAAGCAGCCCUGGGCGGCACAAUAAGAAUCCAGGGUGUCUACGAGGAUCACACGAUUCAGAUAAAACCAGGCACAUCAUCCCACACGAAAAUCCGACUGAGUGGCAAGGGAAUGAAGAAAGUCAAUGGAGUGGGACACGGAGAUCACUACGUGUCCAUCAAGAUCACUGUCCCCACAACGCUAUCCGAGAAACAAAAGGCUUUACUACUGGCUUACGCUGAACUCGAACGAGACACACCAGGAUCAGUUUACGGAGUCACGAAUAAAACUGAUGGUACAAAACAGUGUUACGAAGGACCCUUACACCUACUGGAGUUGAUACGACAAGCCCUGGGAGACAUACCACAGAAAAACAAGGAAAACCCAUCGUAUUCACAUCCACAAGGUCCUGGGGACGCGCCCCAGAGCAAGAGGACGAGCUCCACUAGUGGAACGAACAAAGCUGAUGCUAAAAGUGACGAGCAUAAAUUGAAGAUGGAACGGAAGAUGUCAUGAUUUAACCUGAACUGCUGACUUCAAUUUAAACAAAAUUCAAUUGUAAUUGUACAAUGAUCCCAGUUGAAUCCAUAGUCGUUGUCUCGGGUUUAUCAGUCUAUUCUUUCUUGACUCGAGGGUUUUAAUAAUUAUCUAUGGGGCCCUGUGGAUGGGUUGAUGACGGAGUAGCAAGAUUAAGCGCUUACAAAUGUUAAAAAUGUAAAAUAAAUUUUUCUUGUAAG